AUGCGUGCGUCUCCUGAGGUCAGGACCUUGGUGUGGAUUGUGUGGUUCUUUAAUGCAAUGGGCUGCAUCCAGAGUAUCAGGUGUAAGCCGAAGAGUUUCCGCGAGAGUAUCAGCGUUUUGGAGGUCAACUCCUCCAUAGACCCGAACCCCACCAGCAUAGACGAGUCCUCCAGCGUGGUGCUGCGAUACCGAACCCCGCAUUUCAGAGCCUCCGCUCGGGUUCUGGUGCCGCCUGUGGCCGGCAAAGAGACGUGGACCGUCGGCUGGAUUCAGGCAUGCAACCAUAUGGAGUUCUACAACAAAUACGGAAACAAAGGGAUGUCCAGCUGGGAGCUGCCGGACCUGCGCGACGGUAAGAUCCGCGCGAUCAGCGACUCGGACGGCGUCAACUACCCGUGGUACGGCAACACGACGGAGACGUGCACGGUGGCGGGCCCCACCAAGAAGGACACGCGCUUCACCGUCAGCAUGAACGACAACUUCUACCCCAGCGUGACGUGGGGCGUGCCGGUGAGCGACAGCAACGUGGCGCUGCUCAGCAGCAUCCGGCGAGACCAGAGCUUCACCACGUGGCUGGUGGCGGUGCAGCAGGGCUCGGGCGAGACGCUGGUGCUGCAGACGGUGCGCUGGAGGAUGCGGCUGCACAUCGCCGUGGAGCCCGACCGGCCGCUCGGCCAGCGCGCCCGCCUCUGCCAACCCGUCGCCCAGGAGCAGCCGCAGGUGCUGGCCAAGAACGAGCCCAUCCCGCCCAACGCCAUGGUCAAGCCCAACGCCAACGACGCACAGGUGCUCAUGUGGCGGCCAAAGACGGGCGACCCCGUCGUGGUCAUCCCGCCCAAGUACUGACUGACCCACUGACCCUCGCCCCCUGACCCCUGACCUCUGGAGCCCCGCCAGGCUCGCCCCCUGACCCCUGACCUCUGGAGCCCCGCCAGGCUCGCCCCCUCGUCUUCCUGUUCUAUACGCGGACGCUGAGGAGGACGGGGCCGAGCUGCUGACCGACCGACCGCCCGGCAGCGUCGUCAUGGAGACCAAGAGGGAGAGACGAACAAAUUGAACUGGAAUAAAAGCAAGAACUACAACUAUUCUACCUUCAAAUCGGCUCGGAUUCACUGUGCUGUGUGUAGACAUCGCUACCAGACGGAGGGACUGGACAGAGAGAUGACUGGAGCUUGUUUACUGCUGGGGCUUGUUUGUUUGUUUGUUUGUUUGUUUUGUUUGUAGUUUUCUUCAGCGAGAGUUCAGAGUGAAGAAUAUGAAGAGUAGUUGUUUAUUGACAUGCACAUAUGCACAGCUUACUGGUACACCGGUGGAGUUAGUCUAAGGUGUGUGAAGGUGUGUGAAGGUGUGGGCAUUUUUGUAACGAAAAGCACCUUUGGGCUCAGACUAGAUAAGGAGCGAGUAUACAAACUGUGUUUGAGUGACACAAUAGUGCACUUGUGUUUGAGUGACACGUUGUUGUUUGAGUGACACGUCAGUGUUUGAGUGACACGUUGGUGCACUAGUGUUGGAAAGAAGCGAGACAUUCAAUCCAUGCUGCCUUACGUUUACAUUUUGCUUUUUUCACUCAGACUUGGAGCCUUAAACAAUGUGCAAUGCAGUAUUCCUCACACACACACACACACACACACACACACACACACACACACACACACACAAACAAACACACACAUACACACACCCAGGUCCAGUUGCCCUCUGCUGUGGAUCCGUCCAGCAGGCUAGUGGAGAUCUGUACAGCAGCCAUACCCCUCAUCCAGCCAAUCAGUGGUGCGCUCCAGAUCAAAGGUCAUAGGUCAAAGGUGAGACCUGGAGACCGCGCUGUGGCGUGUGACUGGAUGAGCUGUAGUUGUUAGUGUGUGCAGCUUUAAAGGAACACAAGCCAGUGUUCUCCUAGUGACCACUGGGGUUCUACGCACUGACCACUGGGGUUCUACUCACUGACCACUGGGGUUCUACGCACUGACCACUGGGGUUCUACGCAUUGACCACUGGGGUUCUACGCACUGACCACUGGGGCCAAUGGGAGUCCAACAAUCACCUCAUGUCUUCCAGCAGUUUCAUUUCCCAUCUAUGUGCAUGCAUGUGUGUGUGUGUGUGUGUGUGUGUGUGUGAGAGGGGUGUGUGAUCAGCAGAGCAGAGGGGUGGAGGUAGGAAGCGGCUGAUCAAGUGUGUGUGUGUGUGUGUGUGUGUGUGUGUGUGUGUGUGUGUGUUUGUGUGUGUGUGUGUGUGUGCGCUGAUGUGAGAGGGCCAUAGCAGUGAGAUGUGUCCCAUCUGAACGGCCACACCUGGUGAACCUGACCCACAUGUGCUCCUGACCAACUAGAGAGAGAGAGAGAAGAGAGGGAGAGAGAGAGAGAGAAAAAAGAGGGAGAGAGAUAGAGAGAGA